AUGAAAGCUGUAUCACCUUCAUAUUCAAAUUCAAGUAAAAUUUCAAAAUCUUCAAGUGAAAGUCUUGAAUCUCAACCCAUUUCACUGGGAACUGAAUAUACAAUUGAAGAAGAUAAAUAUUCUUCAUCUUCUUCAUGUAAUGAUAAUAAUAAUAAAUUUGAUAAUUUUAAAAAUUUAAAAACAAAUAAUCAUAAAUCAACUAAAAAUUAUUUUCAUGAUGAAGAAUCUGUUAAAACCAAUAUGAACAAUCAAGCAAAUUCAACUAAAACAUAUGGAAAGACAAAUCAACAUAUUAAAAGUUCAUGUAAACAAAGUCAUAAAACCCAAUUUGAUCAAAAAAUUGAACAUGAUACAAAUGAUUUAAUUAAUUCAUUGAAUGAAUUUGUAUUCACAGAAUCAAACUCAAAUGAUUUAAGUUAUUGUAAUUUCCCAGUAAUUCUUAAAAUUCAAGUUGAUUCAAAAGCAUUUGAAGAAGAUAUAAGGGAUUUAAUAUCUCAAUACCCAAAAUUGACAAUUUCAGAAGAAAUUAUAAAUACGAUCAAAUAUCUUAUUGUAAAGUUCAAAACUAAAUCAAAUUUAGAUGAUUUAAUUUAUAGAUUAUAUGAUGAAAAUAUACCAUGUGAAUUAGAUUAUUCUAAAUUUGUUUCACAUCCUGGAAUUUUAUUUAUCAAGAAUUUAUCAAGUGAAAUAAUGUUUGAAAUGGAACCCAAUAGUUUAAAUAAUUCAACUGAAUUUUUAACAGUAACUCCUAAAUCAAUAUAUAAAAGUACCAAUUGUCAACAACAUAAAUUAUAUGAAUUUUUAAUAGAUAAUUGUCAUUUCAAAUCAUUACAAGAACUUAAAAUUUUCAGUAAUCAAGAUUCUAACACCACGAAAACAAAUACUGGAGUUAAAUCACCAAAUUCAACUAAUUCAAAUCCAUUAUCUUCAGCAUUUGCAAUUGUUAAAUUUUCAAAUUAUUUAGAUGUUGAUAUUUUAAUUGAAAAAUUCAAUAGACAUACUCCUAAUAUUUUUAAUGAAAAUCAUUCAGUACCAUUAUUUUUAAAUAAAUAUCUUAAUAAGAGAGAAAGAUCUUCACCAUUUGGUAAUAAAGGAAUAAUUCAAAGUUCAAAUAAUAAUAUUCAAACUAAUUUAUUAUCAAGAUCUUCUUUAAAUUCAAAUAAUUUAGUUAAGAAUUCAUCAAAUGAAAAUUUUAAUUUGAUUAUAUUGGAAAAUUUAAAUAGUUUUUUGAAAAUUGAUGAAAAUGUUAAUGAUAACGAUCUGAAUUUGGUAAAAUUUAAUGAAUUUUUAAAUGUUUUUCAAAAAUUUGGUAAUUCUAUUGAAAGUAUUUAUUUUCCUAUAGUUCAAAAUAAUCUUGAUCAUAAUAACUCAAAUAAUGGUGAAUCAUCAAUCCUUAAAUCUUUUAAAUUCUUUGAUUUUGGUUAUAUUAAAUUUAAACCUAACCAGAAUCUUAUGGAAAAUACAUUAAGAGUUUUAUAUUAUUUGAAUGAUUUGAAAUGGGAUGACUUUAUGUCUUUGGAUGUGAAUAAUUUACCUUCAUUGAUGGAUGAAUGUGAGUUUGAGUCAACAAAAUCUAAUGAAAACAGUCAAAAUGCAAUUGAAAAACAAGUCUCAAGUAAUAAUGAUAAUAAGGAGAAUUCACCUGAGUCAAUAAUCAAUAAUAAAUUAUCAAUAACUAUUGCUCAGCAUAAACAUAAUCAUUAUUUAUUCAAUCAAGCUAACCAAUUUUAUUUAUCAUACAAUAAUGAAUUUUCAAAUCAUUUUCCAAUUUUAAAACCCAAACAAAAUUCAACUUCAAAUUCUCAACAGCAACAUCAUCAAAACGUUAUAGUCAAUUAUCCUAAUCCCAUUUAUACAAUAAAUACAUUUGUUAAGAAUUUAAAUUAUCAAGAAACCAAUAUUUAUGUUAAUAAUUUUUCUAUUGUAUUUGCAAAUGAUGAUUUAAAUUGGGAAAAAUUUUGGAAACAAUUUGGUUCAAUAAAAUCUGCAAAAAUUAUAAAACCUCAAUUUUACAACCAGCAACAACAACAACAGCAACAACAAGGACAAGAUGAAUUGAAUAAUAAAGAAGUAGGUGCUUCACAUGACAAGAGCAACUAUAAUUUUACUCAAUCAAGUCAAACCAAUGAUGAAUACUUGACCAGUUCAAAAGAAUUGAGUGAAGCACCUGAAAAUGAUACUUUUGAAGAAGAACAAGAUCAAAAAUCAGGUCGUAUUGGGUUUAUAUUUUAUGAAAAUUUCAAACAGGCAAUAAGAGCAAUUUUAAUGACAAAUAAUAAAAUGAUUCAUAUUGAAAAUUUUAAUCCAAUGAUUAUUCAAUCUUCAUUUGCAAUUCAAAAAUCAAGUAAUUCAAAUAAUAAUGGGAAUAAUAUUUAUCCUAUAGGUCAACAUGGUUUAAAUCAAUUUGGUUUUCCUUUUAAUAAUGGUGCAACAGUUGUUCAUCCAAAUAAUAAAUUUAAUACACCUAUGGGUUAUCAUCAAUUAAAUCCUCAUCCACAACCACCUUUACCACAUCAUUUAGCAAAUCAAAAUCAUUAUUUAAAGUAUAAUAAUUACUACAAUAACAACUCUCUUCAUAAACAACCAAUAAAUACAUCUCAUCCAUCACCAUGUGAAACUCCCCCAACAUCAACAAAAGUAUCUACGACUGCUACAAAUAAUGGAUAUAAUAAUUCAGUUUAUUAUACAUAUCAACCGGUUUAUCCAUUUUAUUAUGGAUAUCAUCCUAGCCCAUAUCAAUAUGGGACAACAAGUACAAAUCCUGUUUUGAAUAACUAUAUGGUUGCUAACAAUAAUGAUCACAACAUAUCAUCAUCACUUAAUUCAACUCCCAAAAAGAUUAAUACUAACUUGAAAGAGAAUAAAGAAGUAAAAGGUAAAUCAUCUACUGCUCGUAAUGGAGGUGAAAGAAACAAAAGUCAUCAUCCUGCAUUUACAAAUUAUUUAUUAAAUGCUGGUCAUAAUCAAGCUGCUGCUAAUGUUAAUGGUUACGUCCCACUUUAA